AUGAAAUUGGCUGCAGUGGCUGACAGAACUAUACAGCUUCUUCAUCUACGUCCCACGCGACCACACCGCCAAGUCAGGUACCAGGACACGUCACAGAACCUUACAUGCACUUACAUCCACCAUUAAGAGUUUUUCUGCAUAAAGAGCGGACGGAACUUCAGAUCGCUUGGACGAACCACUCUUUUGCAGCACGGUGGCUUCGAAUUUUGACUGAGGAUGUCAGGAAGGCUGCUGAUAGAGACUUGCCAACCGUGUAAGAGCUAAUCUCUGGGGGGAAAACAACUUGGUGCCUGCAGUGGCUGACCGGCCUAUUGGUUCGUCUGCCUCCCUGCCUAGAAAGCUCAGAAUUCAGCAGUCUCCCGCGAGUCUUAUUAAAUCUGUCGCGGCGUCCGUGCUCCGUUGACUGCGUAGAUGAUGGCGUAGAACCCAGUAAGCAGGAGAGAGGUCAACGCAGUUGUUUAUUAGACUGACAUCUGCAGACCAUGUGAUUUGUGUGGAUAGUUUGGCCUUCCAACCGCCUAGAUCUAUUAUGAACUUUUGUCAAACGUCCACAGUGUAACAGGUUUCUCUAGUAUGUCUUCUUUUUUAUUUACAAAUAAUUACUUUGGAGCUCCUGCGCUCAUUUAACUGAACGUCCGCAUGUCUAAGCUGAGGACAGAAUUUCAUGAGUGUAAUAAUCACGCUUUUGAGCUAUUCACUGGUGACGUCCGCCACCAAUUACAAUAAUUAUCUACCGCUGGGGAGAGAUUUGUUCCGAUAUUCUAUGCUAUAUUCGAGGGCAAAUUAUUAAAAUUGCAGUAUAUGCGCUGUCUCAUGGAAUGCUAAGAGAAAUUCUGAUACGGGUAAUGGACUAGAAAUGAUUAUUUGAGUAGGCUUGUAGUUGUGAUUAUCGUGCAGCACAAUCGAAGAAUAUAUCGGCCAUGCCAAGAUGUCGGCUUAUUAAUGGGCCUGCUUUCGUCUUUCUGAAAGAAUCCACUCUACAAAAAUGGACUCGUAAGUAGUAUGAGGUUUUCAACCGAAUUUCGAUGCCCAUAGAAAUUCAAAGAUAUUUUGCAAAAACAUUCCCAAAAUAUUCUUUCUUAUACGCGUUUGAUAUCAAGUUGCGUUUUCUUCAAAUUUCCCACCUAAAGAGAAAGUAUCUUUUGGUUUUAAAAAGUUUCUAAUCAUGAAACUUUUAAGACAGCAUAGCAUUAGAUCUAUUAUUAGUGCUACUUAAAUGGUUCUUGAUCUAACAGAUGAAAGGUCACACACUUCGCGCCAAAACCCCUAUAAAGCACGGUCCACCUGCCCAGUACCUCCAAACAUCAUAAAAUGUUAAAGAAGUGACCGAUCGUUUAAAAACGUCAUUGGCUGAUUUACGAAAUAUCAUUAAUGAUCUAUGAAAUAAACUACUGAAGCAAAAAUAAUCGAGUCAGCAAAAGGACUUUAUGACAAGUCAGUUGCUCGAGGCCUAACAUAACGUACAACUUAGAAGUAAAGUAUAAUAUCAUGAAACAAAAUGAAAAUCAAUAAAUAAAUGCAAUAUAUCGGUACUUCUAGAACGCCUUUUGUUUUCAUCACGUCUGUAAUCUGGAAGGACAUAGAUACAAUAAGGUUGUCGAUGGUGGUUUAGUCAAUGUAACUGUCAGCUUUUGUUGCAUAGGAGGUCGUUUUCUUGGCUUGUCCUGGUUUCUUUUAUUAGAACAAACAGACUGUCGAUUAUAUUGAGGUCUGGGCUAUUUUCAGGAAUAAAUAUACAUUCCAGACAGCAUGCGGAGUGGCUGGCUGUGGUUUAAAAAUUACAUUGUCGUUGUAGUCGAAAUCGGAAUGGAACCUCUUUUGAUCGCUGAACAGGUGCAUUAUCCUUCAACAGUAUGAUGUCCAUUCGACAUCGCUGAAUGGCGUUCCAGUCGAAUGCAUCCUCUACGAUGCCGAACUACGCCUGGCUGUUAAUCAGUUAGUCAGUCAGUAUAUAUGGAGUAAACGACAGAAACCCUGAAAACUCCAUUUAGAGGGUACAGAUAUAAGGGAAAAUAGUUAAAUUGCAAAACUUUUGCUUGCAGUUUUAGUAAGGAGAAUUCAUAAAUUUAACAAGAUAACAUAAAGGCGAAAGGGGUAUGUUAUUCACGAAAUAAUUCCGAAAAACUUUGUUCACCGCAUUCGGACUGUGAAAAUUUCCAAAUGGGCUAAGUGUAACGCACAAAAAGAUCUGUUGAAAUCCUGUUAGUAGUAUAUUUGUAAUCAAUUCAGUAAUCCGUUAGAUCAAGGUUCGGCAGAUGGGGUUGCCUUUCAGCAGGUGAGUAUCUAGUUGUCUCUUGAACACGUUCAUGGUAGGGGAAUUAACAACAUACGCCGGCAAAGAGUUCCAUUGGCGAAUGACCCUCUCUGAUGUCGACCGCCAGAUCGGGCGUUCUCCGAUUUUAAUGGCCACCCAAACUAUCAGGCGUCGACAGUUCUUGGAUUUUCCUAUUGACACAACUGUGAAAAACUCGGCGCCUCGGUGGGUCUCGAACCCACGCAGUAAGGGGAAGGCUUUUGUACAGCCAACGCUCUAACCACCUGAGAACUACGAGGCCUCACUGGACGACGCGAGUUUAUUCACAUUUGGGUCAAGUUACCCGCCCAACGUAAUGCAACGUCUGGAAUCCACCGAAUCUGAUACAGUAAGGUGACUGCCCAAGCAGGAUGUUUUAAGUAAUUCACCUAGGAUCCACCAGAUGACUACCAGGCUCACGUAAUUCAUCGACAUUUUGCAGUUUUUGAAUAAUUCCUACUGACCCAACCGUGAAAAACUCGGCGCCUCGGUGGGAUUCGAACUUACGCAGUAAGGGGAAGGCAUUAGUACGGCCAACGCUCUAACCACCUGAGCUACGAGGCCCCGCCGCACGACUCGAGUUGAAUCGAUUGAAUGUGUCCUCGUGAAAAGUUCCCCCCCACAUAUGGCCACCUGAGCUGACUUCCGUGGCUAGUCUAAAAGUAAAACUUGACAGAAGAAACUACUUUUUCAGAAUGAAAGUCCGUGAUCGAUAAGUUCUUGAGCAAACAAAAUCGUUCUCUCCUAAAUUUCCUAUUUUAAAAAAGCGUUAUCAUAGCCUUUAGUUAAUGGAGACCGAAUUUUUUCAUCCUGGUUCUGAAUUUAUACGUAGAAGACACUGAUCGGUGUUCCCUGUGAGACAUAUAAUGGUAAUUGCUAGCGUUCGACGAAUAAAUCCUCGUCCUGCUUACUUGUGGACCGUUUUGGUCAAAUUUGCUGGACUCUAGGCAUUGUUUUAUUAUUAAUAGUCCUCCACAGAGUGACCUAGCUGAUAUUGAAAAUACUGGGUAGCGACUCACGCGGCAACCUUUCGACUGAUAACUUUCGUAUGCGCUCAAAAUUGACUCCUGUUUUGACAUCUUUGUUGCAUGGCGUGGCAUAGGAAGGUGGCAGCAUGUAGCGCCUACUUAUUCCCGGUGUGAUAAAUAAAAUACUGUCGAACAAGCUUAUUACUGCAUUUAACGACAUUAAACAUUGCAAUUUUGCUAAAUAGGAUUUUUAAAGAGUGAAUUGCCCCUUGUUGUAUGAAAAGAAUGUGUUUUUACAUACUUAUCUACGCCUAAUUUUCCUCAACUCAAUUUUCGUUUCCAGAAUUGAUUUGUCUGAAAAUUUUCUUGGCUACAUGAAUGUUCCUUUGUAAACCAACGCGGCGCAAAUAAGAUGUUUUAAUAAGCAAUACUUGAUAGCACAGGAAAUCGCGUGGAUAUCCCGAAACGUCAAAGUUUGCUCAAUCAUGGCCAGAGGUAACAUGAAUUCUUCAUUGGAAGAGGGCUUGAUGGGAUUCCAAUCAGUUCUAAAAACAGAACUAACCACACAAAAUAUACGCCGUUCCACCAACUCCAAUACCGAUCUUGACAUUUCAUAAGUUAGGUCUUCUACUGUAAACAAUACAAGCUGGUCAACUUCCACUGCCCAAUUUUAUGAGUCCUAUCUGACAUCAUCCGGACAACAUAUAAAAAUGUGCGAUAUUCCUCUGGCUGUAUGUAAACAGCAUGUAGUUUGGAAACGCUGAACGAAAGUGUAGUGACAGAUGGGCAAAACGUAUUCGGGGAUUGAGCAGGUUUUAAAAAUCGAAAGAUACUCUCACUUCAAGUAAAUAUCCAAAGAAGACAUAACUGGCUACCGAAUGAGUACUAGAGGAAAUAAUUCGCGCACUUUUUCUACAUACUAUCUUCAAGCUUAUAAGGGUCUCGAAAAUCGAGGGAAAAUUGCACUACUUAAGUACUUAAGUUGUUUCUGCAGGCGGCCGAGAGGGAGCUCAUUCAAAAGCCAGCAUCUUUCGUGACUGAGGUAGGUUAGGAUUACUGUGCACGAUAAUUAGGACUACUCUGAAUGAAAAUUAGUAGUAAAACACUACCUAAGUAAUAUUUUCGAAUCGAAAACAUAUUCCAGAAUUUCGGCUAACAUUUCAUGAAACAGUUCACCUACUGUGAGUGGCUGAGCAUAAUCCUGAAAGACUUGUUUUGAGUUCUGCGCAUUCUGUUGCUGUUAACUCCGCAGUUUUUCACCAACUCAUACCACAUAGACUUGACCUGUCUCCCACAACCUGUAGCGAUACGGAAGUUUUGCAUUAGUGUGCUAUGAACUCCUGUAAACGCAACUCAGGCUGUAAUCUCGUGACUUCUGCUGCAUGUCGCAGGCGCCUUGCGUGCAUUCAGUGGCUACAUUCACCUUCCUGCCUGUGUCGUCCGGAACAGCCCCUCCCCUCCAGGGUGAAACCAUGUUCUUGUGGAAUGCCAAUGCCAUCGCCGUCGUCAGUCUUUGCUUCGUCAUAUUCGGUGUUCCGUCUACGACUACCACUGACUGAGUCAACACUUUUUUCGAGUUCUUCUCACCUCCCCUGGCUGCUCAAGCAUUCGGACAACAGACGAUAACCCGGCCAACAACCACAUGCUCAAGACUGUCAUGCAUGUCCCAGAGGACACUGCGAACUGGAAGUACCACCUUCAUCAGGCACUUCCUGGCAAACUGAAGUUGGACGUGAACUGUAGCGCGGUCCAAUUUGUGCCAGGCAAGAUGAUCGUCCCAACUUCUCGCGGUGUCGAAGAGGAUCCCACCAACUACGCGCACCUCCUCGAAUAA